GACCAAUGUUGAUGCCUUCUUCCUCAUCGUAUAUGUCACUUGGAUCAAGAAGUGAAAGUGGUCACUUCCGUUUAAGUUCAUCUCUCAGUGGUUCCAUUAGUAUGUUUUUACGUAAAGCUUCUUCAUCCACCACAAACAAUAAACGAACCCCAGCAAUACCGGAUGGACCAUCACGUUCCUUUGGACGUCAAGGACUGGACAAAACACAUCGUUUGGCCCAUUCUAUGCAUUGGAGUACUUUACAACCUCACCAACUACAACAACCACAAGUAUCAUCUACUAUCUCAUCAUUCUCACCUACGCCAUCUUUACGCCAUCAACAUUAUCGUCAUCGUCAAAAUCAUCAUCGAUAUAAACCAUCGUCCUCAUCAUCAACAUAUCACAUGCCUUUACCAUCACGUAUCACCCCUAUGAUAGAAUCAUAUCAACCGACCUCUUCACCCUCCAUGCGAUCUCUACGUAUACCUUCACCAGUCAAAGCAACUAAAAAACAACGUUCUUUAUUCCGAUCACAGAGUUCGAUUAAAUUACAACAAAGUACACCUUGUCGACAAAAAGGAACAUUUUUAUCCACAGCCAAAUCAAUCAAACAAUCUCCAUUCGCUUCAAGAAUACCAAGACAAUCUAUUACCUCACUCAAGGAUCCAAUGGAUCCAGUUAAACGAGAUGCCACUCUUAUCUUUAGUCAUUUGAAAACUGCUCCUACCACGCCAAGGUCAUCACUCUCCACUCGUAGUCUCAAAAACAAGUCAAGUGCUUGAUCUUAUUAUAUAUAUUCAAACUCCCACUAAAAAAUUU